AUGACUGUCCGAAACAGGGACUUUAUAGAAGAUUACAGGAACCUUCAGUCACCAAAGACAAGAGCUCUGAUUCAAGAAUUAACUGCGGAAUUAGUUCGUUUCUUUAAAGGACUAUAUGGCGACUCUUUUGAGGGAAUAGUAAUUAUUAGUCUUUUUGAAGGAAGUGUUGGGGUUAACUUUGAAUUAUCACUUGAGCCAUCAUCGAACGUGGCCAAUACCACUGUUGUAGAAGAACUCAAAAGGGGCAAUGGAACUCAAGCCUUGGGUUUUCUAGAGUUGGGCGAAAUAUCCGCAGUAGAACAAAUCCCGGAGCCG